GAAUGCAUCAUAAUCGGAUUCACCAAACAGACGGAUCGGCUCACCACGUUCCCUCAGACGUCUGAUCACCUGCACACAGCCACAAGAUUUAUUAUUCAUCCAAGAACAAAAACAACCUCAUCAGCACCAUCAUCAUCUUCAUCAGUCCAGAGAGACCCGCGCUUAUGAUUAAAGCUCAGGUUCGCUUCACUCAUCAUCAGCUGGACUUAAUGAGUUUGUCAGUGAUUAAAGAGCCUGUGUGCUGCUGAUGAACUGGGCUGGAUUCUGCCUCUUCACCGCUCUGCUCUUAAAAUGGAGUUUGUGGAGAGGAAGCGGAGCAGGAAAUCACAGAGCUUUAAGCUGGUGAAUGAUGCAGAUUUUAGCCAUGAAAUGGAUGAUGUAGACCAGAAUGACACUGAAGGAGAUGCCUUGGAUGCUUCUGAGACUGAAGUCUGGUUAGGUGAUGAAGGGAUGGAGAUAAAGAAGCAGAUAACAGGCAUGAUGCGCUUGCUGAGUGACAAGACAGGACGAGUGUACCAGCGCGUUGGACGAGAGGGUGAGACCCUCAAACAGGAGCCUCAGGAGGAGCCUGUGGCUCAGAACCCGGCCCCUGAACAUCUCCAGUGUGACUGGAGCUCAGUCCUCAUGGCUCAAGGGCAGUACGGCACCCGCUCCAAAACCCAGAGACUGCUCAACCACUCGAAAACUAACGUCAUGGCCUUGCCCCCUGCGCCUGCUGCCAUGGCAACUGAGCCCAGCUGCUGUAUGUGCAACUGCAAGAGCACCCUGCAAGCCAUUCUGCUGGAGUUACGUACCAUGAGGAAACUAAUCCAAACUCAGAGAGGAUCUCAGGACAAACAGGGCUCCCAGGUCUCACUCUCAUCCCGAACCUCCAUCUCCAGGAGGAGGACCCGAAAGAGGAGGCCGGGUCACAGAGUGACAGUUCUGGCCACGCCCACUAAAAGAACCACACCUCCGCCGCCACCCACUGAGGCUGAUGCUGUUAAUGAGUGUAAUCAGUCAAGAGAGGACACGCCUCCAACAAUGACAUCAUUUAUCCCAGAUCUCAUUCCCAGUUCCAAGACUCCUCCCUCUCACUACAGCGACACCAGAGGCCAAAGCACCACAGAGCCGGAGGUGCAGUUGGCCGAGGAUUAUGACGUAUUUAUUCCUAAAGCACAGUUGGACUCUAUCUUACUGAACUACACUCGCUCUGGCAGCCUGCUCUUCAGGAAACUGGUGUGUGCGUUCUUUGAUGAUACCACACUGGCAAACUCACUGCCCAACGGCAAGAGUAAGAGAGGUCUGAACGACACCAGGAAAGGACUCGAUCAAAACAUAGUCGGAGCCAUUAAAGUGUUCACAGAAAAGUAUUGCACAGCCAAUGGAAUUGAGAAGCUUCCUGGCCCUAGAGACUGGGUCCAGAUUCUGCAAGACCAGAUUAAACUUGCCCGUCGACGCUUAAAAAGAGCAGAGACAACCUCAGACUGUAGUGAUAUUCAGCACAAAACAGAGAACUUUCAGCAAACUGUUGAUAAAGUGGAAACUGUGACACAAAAAGGUGCUGCUUAUGAGAGAACAGAAUGUCUAGUUGCUAUGGACACUGCCUGAGAAGAGAUUGUUUUCAA